GAUGCUACAGAGAGUGAUCACCAGAAAACCUAUUCAGAUCUUUAAAAGGAGCACAUCAGUAACAAGGAUAGCACUCUCCACCGGUUAAAAUCCAGAAGUAACAAGAAGACACAGCAAAGCAGAAUCUCUUGGAAAAGAUGGUCCUGGAAACUCUGAAUCCAAUGCACUACAACAUCACCAGCCUUGUACAAGAUACAAUGCCAGUGGCCACAGUGCCCAUACUCCUUCUCAUGUGCUUUCUGUUUCUCAUAUGGAAUCAUGAAGAAACUUCAUCAAUACCAGGGCCGGGAUACUGCAUGGGAAUCGGCCCCCUCAUUUCUCAUGGGAGAUUUCUCUGGAUGGGAGUAGGUAAUGCCUGCAACUACUACAAUAAGACAUAUGGAGACUUUGUGAGAGUUUGGAUCAGCGGUGAAGAAACAUUUAUAAUUAGCAAAUCCUCAAGUGUAUUCCAUGUGAUGAAACACUGGCAUUACGUGUCUCGAUUUGGAAGCAAGCUUGGAUUGCAGUGCAUUGGCAUGUAUGAAAAUGGGAUCAUAUUUAAUAACAACCCAGCACACUGGAAGGAAAUUCGACCCUUUUUCACCAAAGCUCUGUCCGGUCCUGGUCUGGUUCGUAUGAUAGCGAUUUGUGUGGAGUCGACAGUGGAUCACCUGGACAGACUGGGGGAAGUGACAACUGAACUAGGAAACAUCAACGUGUUGAACCUCAUGAGACGGAUCAUGCUUGACACAUCUAACAAGCUUUUUCUUGGGAUCCCUUUGGAUGAAAAUGCUAUUGUACUGAAGAUUCAGAAUUACUUUGAUGCUUGGCAAGCACUUUUAUUAAAGCCUGACAUAUUUUUUAAGAUUUCUUGGCUGUGCAAGAAAUAUGAAGAUGCAGCCAAGGAUCUUAAAGGAGCAAUGGAAACCUUAAUAGAGCAGAAACGGCAAAAGCUUUCCACUGUUGAAAAGUUGGAUGAACACAUGGAUUUUGCAUCCCAGUUGAUUUUUGCACAGAACAGAGGGGAUCUGACUGCUGAGAAUGUGAACCAGUGUGUGCUGGAGAUGAUGAUUGCUGCUCCUGAUACUCUGUCUGUGACUCUCUUCUUUAUGCUAAUACUGAUUGCAGAGCACCCCACAGUGGAAGAGGAGAUGAUGAGAGAAAUUGAAACUGUUGUGGGUGACAGAGACAUACAAAGUGAGGACAUGCCAAACUUAAAAAUCGUGGAGAACUUUAUUUAUGAGAGCAUGAGAUACCAGCCAGUUGUGGACUUGAUCAUGAGGAAAGCUUUACAAGAUGAUGUAAUUGAUGGAUACCCUGUGAAAAAGGGGACAAAUAUUAUCCUCAAUAUCGGUCGCAUGCAUAAGCUUGAAUUCUUUCCAAAGCCAAAUGAGUUUUCUCUUGAAAAUUUUGAGAAAAAUGUCCCUUCACGCUAUUUCCAACCCUUUGGAUUCGGCCCCCGGAGCUGUGUAGGGAAGUUUAUUGCCAUGGUAAUGAUGAAAGCAAUUCUGGUGACUCUUCUAAGGAGGUGCAGAGUACAGACAAUGAAAGGAAGAGGCCUUAACAACAUCCAGAAAAACAAUGACUUAUCCAUGCACCCCAUAGAAAGGCAGCCUCUGCUGGAGAUGGUUUUCACACCAAGAAGAAACACGAACGAGAAUCAGGGUGACUAAAAUGGAUCAGCAUUAGUUACAGGGCUUUCUCAGCCACUGCCACUAAGAAAUACUCAUCACUCCUAGUUAAAUACUUAGAGUAAAACAUUUUGUUGCCCCUAAAUGACUACAACAUGAGAUGACAACUUGUUCUGCCUGUACAGCAGAACCACAGGCCACAGUUCAAAAGAUAUGCAUAAUUCCUGACUACUUUUUAAAACCAAGUUGAAAGUUAUGCCUUCCCUUUCAAACACUGCAAGUUCAGAGAUUUGGGGUCAACAGAAGAACAUGCCUGAUGUAGGUUUAAUUCUGGCAUUACAUGUGUCCUUUUCCCCCCCACCUCCCCAAAGCUUAGUGGUAUUUGACUACUCCAAAAAUUCCAAUCAUCUGUUUUUGAAAACAGCUGAAUGAGUAAAAUUAAAGUUAAUUUUAAGACUAAGAAACACUUUAAAAUAUUUAGGACAUAUGUAAGUUACAAAAAAAAUGUUUGAAGAAGAAGUCAAACAUUUUUUUUUUACCCUGUUUUCCUGUCAUAUCAAAGACUUACAGUGUCAGACAGGUUUUACCAAAAGAAGUAAUUUUCAGAGUACUGGGUAAUAAGGGUAGCUGGGAUAACUGCUCUAUGUUUUAAAACCCAGUGUCCUGCUGCAGAACAUCUGAAACAUCUUAGUAAGACCAGCUGAGAAUGAGGUAAUGAAUAUGAAACAUUAACAUGAGUGUUACAUGGAGGGGUAACGCUCACCCUCACCUCAUCUGGUUAAUUGCAGAAAUUUCCCACCUCACUUCGGUUUAGUAGAGAAGUUUAAAUUCUCUCCAAGCUAAGUUGUAUCAAAUCCUUUCUGACUAGAUUUUAAUUGCUCAAUUCUACUUCAGACAGUAAGAUUUGGAGUUGUUGCCCAUGUUCCCACACCACAGCAGGGGAGUGUGUCCCUCCCUAAUUAUCCAAAUAGCCCCUGUUUCUUCUCCUGUAAGAGCACUGGGCUGUAUCCUGCUCUCAAGAAUCUUACUUUAUGCCCACUGACAUAGAGAGACUCAGCAGCAUAAGAAGAAAAAAAACUGUCUGAAGAGGCAAAUUUCGCUGGAUAAACACUUGCAGUUUUUUAGUGGCAAAGGAGAAAAUUCCUGAAAUAACAAGCAGAUUUCUAGAGAACAUUUUUAAAGGUGUUUUGCAUACACAGGUUUUUGUUUUAAUUAUAAACUAGGCUUAUGUUUAUACUUAGUCCUUAGCAGGAAAAAGCUAAAAAACUAUCCAAGAUGUCUUGUUCAAAAUUGACCUAUCUUGAAAUCUGUACAACCCGGGCAUUGAUAUAUCUACUUGCCUAAUGAUGAGUUGGUAGUUUGGUCAAGAAGGAAGAUCUUCCUGGCUUAACAACAACACUCCUUGACAGAGACUUUGCAUUUUCAUUAAGCCUGAGUUUUUGUACUGUGUAACACAAAGAAAGGGAUUUUCUGGAUAAAGUGCCUUGAUAAAGACAACCAACCAAUGUACAAUAGGAUCUAUAUUAAUCUUUUCCUUCCAAGUCAUUUAAACUAU